AUGGUACCUCGAGUCCUUUUUCCACCAGGCGUUCCUGGUUUACUUUGCUUCGCCCCAUUAAAACGCGCUCUACCAGACAAGAAUGUGAUUUGCCCUGAGGACAAAGAGCAACUCGUCCAAGUGUUAACUGUUUCUUGUCUUGCUGCAAUACAUGAGGAUUUCUGCUGUAGCAACAAUAGGGUACUACCUAUAAAAGGGGCUGAUAUAUAG